AUGCCAUUCUUCAUUCUCAAGGGUCUACAGAUGAAGAGAAGCACCAUGAUUGGCAUUUAUACAACUUUCGCCCUGGGUCUUAUUGAUAUUGCUGUUAGCCUAGCAAGGUUUUUGAGCAUACAACUUGAGCCAACGUCCUCAAAAUCGCUCACCAUGAUUCGUAAGCUUUCUCCAUCAGUUUGGCUCAAACUUGAGCCUAUACCUCCUUUCAAGACAUCUACCCAAGAAAUAUGGGCUAUUCUCGACGAGCACAUUGCGCUGAUAGUUGCUUGUAUCCCAUCAUUACGUCAAUACCUUCGACUACGGUUUGACGCUAAUUCUGCCGCUAAACGGUCUUACGGUCAUAACCACAGUCUACAUAACAGACACCACGAAGCCAAUCCAAGACAGGGAGGUGACGACGAGAGCGGCAUUGAGAUCAAUAGACCUGUAUUUGCAGAGACCUGCCGUUCAGGACGCAGAUGCAGAGAGUCGGAAGACGAUUCCUGGUCAGAUGGGAAGAAGAGCAAUCGUAGCGACGUGGAACUUGUUCCCAUUCAAGUGCGGGAAGGCCAGAAAGGCAACGCGUCUCGAAGGACGCGUUCUGUCAUCCGCGUCGACCAAGAGUUUACAAUCACAACUACUAUGCUAAGUUCAUAG